AUGGUCCUUCACCGUCCAUCGAGGCUUUUUGGGCUCUCUCUACUGCUGCAAUUAGGACAGGGUAAAGCCGAUACAGUUGCCGUUCCUUCCUGUCCAAAGGAUACGGAGCCCGUGGCCAAUGAUUUGCAGUCAUUCUCAAUUGAGUUCUCAUAUUUCCCUGACUUCACUGGCAAAAAAUCGCAUCCCAAUGAGUUCUCAAGGACGUUGCUGGGCAAUUUGAAGGAUAUCACCGGUGUAGCACCGGUCAUCAGAGUUGGAGGGACAACACAGGACCGCGCUGAAUAUCAUCCGAGUCAGAAGGAACCCAUCCGAAACAUUUUCGAGAAUCCAGACGACGACCAACCCAUCAAAACAGACUUCGGUCCCGGCUUCUUCGAGUCCUAUGAGGUCCUCGGUGACUUCCCGUACAUUCACGGCUUGAACUUCAACCUGUCUCUAGCCCAAGAAACCAGUUCUACCAUCGCCAUGUGCAAGUUGAUGAACACCAAGAACCUGCAUCUGUAUGAGCUGGGAAACGAAAUCAACAUGGAGCCGACCAGGUAUCGACCUGCAAACUAUUCCAUGGCCGAUUACAUCCGUGAAUGGAACUACAAGUCUACUGCUAUUGCGGCUGCUUACAAGAAGGCCUGUGGCGGGCCGUUUCCUGGAAUGAUGGCGCCCAGUUUUAUCUUGCCUAGUUUUGAUCUGGCUGACUCUACACCGUGGACGAUUGAAGGAAUAUAUGCCAAUGGGUAUGAUAAGAAUAAUCUCACCCGAGAGAUUUGCGCUCAUCAGUACAUGCAAGAAAACAGGCCGCCCCAAUUACCUCCGGCGACCCGUCUUCAGCGAAUCCUGAUGAACCACACCAACAUCGUUGAGUCUCUCGGGCCACACAUCCAACGUGCCAAGAACCUCGAGUAUCUUGACCAUCCAUAUGUCUUGGGUGAAAUGAACAGUAUCGCGAAUCAGGGACGCGACGGCGAGAGCAACGUCUUUGGCGAUGCCUUGUGGCUUGUUGACUUUUCCCUCUGGGCUGCGGAACACAACAUCAAACGCCUCAACUUCCACCAAGGCACGAGCUACCGCUAUGCCUCGUGGCAACCAAUCCUAAACAAGGGAAUCGCACCCACCACCAAGCCCCCAUACUACGGUCAGAUCAUGGUCGCCAUGGCCCUCGGACGCUCGGAGAACAUGCGCAUCCGCAACAUCCCCCUAUCCGGCCACAAUGAGGCUGCAUACGCGCUCUUCGACAAUAGCAGGCUGUCCAAGCUCGUUGUUCUUAACAUGGAAGCUUUUAACUCGACGUCGGGUGCUGAUUCCCGCUCUAGCCAGGAGUACAAAUUUAAGGUCCUUGGGGGUUCGAAGAGUGCCAAUGUGCAGCGGCUGAUCGCGCCGGGAAGCGAUGUGGAGAAGAAUGUUACUUUCGGUGGUAUUUCGUAUGAUUAUGAGCUGGAGAAGGGGAAUGCCGUUGUUGUGGACGAUAUGGAGGAGACAGUUGAGAUUGAGGAUGGGGUGCUUAGCAUUACUGUACCGGAUUCGUCGGCUGUUCUUUUGACGUUGGAUUAG